CAUUUUGCAGCUGCGGCUGCCGAUGCGCGUGGACGCGGAUCGUCGUCGACGUCCGUCGACUGCAGUGCUCCGAGUUCAUCUCGGCAACCUGGAACCACGGGGAGUGAGUUUUCUAGGACCAUGACGCGGUAGGACAAUCUGUCGCGGAGGCACGAGGUCAUCUUAUGAGGGUGCACAAGUGCACGACGCAUCUUCAUCCUCCCCCUCAUUUGUGUUGCAUGAGCAGCAACACAAGCGCUGACAAAGAUGCAGCUUUUGCAUGACAAAUUCCUAGAGGAUUGCAGUGUCUCAUUCAGGCUAGUUUUGACCUGCCACGGUAAUUUGUUCUUUCACCUCUUCUUUCAAGUUUCUUACCCCCCUAGUUUGAUGCAGCAUCAAGAAGUCAACAUGUUCUCUCCUCACGAGCGCAAUCGGGAUCCUCAUUUCCACACCGAUGGCCCGCUUCUUCCUUCAUCUGUAGAAGACAUCAACUCCGCGGCUUUACAGGUCAGGGCGGAUUAGGCCUCCGUGGAUGAUGAAUCCAAUUCUUCUUGGUGGUCGAUAGCUGAAAUUUGGGCAGCCGUGCUACACGCGUUCAACCCGAAAAUCAGGUGCUACACGCGUUCAACGCCUGAGCCGUGCUACACGCGUUCAGUUGCAGCAGCUUCCCGCCCUCCAUAGAAGAUGGAAGCACUUCCCCCGGAAGAACACUUCGCGAACGCGGACGCGGAGUGCAAAGCGAGGAACUUCAAAAAAGCCCAGCGCGAAUUAGACUGGUAUGUCUCUCGCCUCGAAGCGACGACCGGGAAGAAUAUUAGUUCGUUGAACAAGUCGGAUAAGUUUUUCGAACUGGAGAAGAAGAUCCGAAAGGGUUUGCAGUCCGCAUGGGACGAACACGGAGAAAAAAACAGUAAUGAUACCGCCGGCGGGUUUCGCUCCUGUGGCAGUGUGUUAUCACAGAGUGAGACUUUUGCCACGUCUGGAGGACAAGGUGCUUUGUGUUUCUCCUUUGCCAGCUCCUCGUCACAGGAGCAAGCAGUUGCGAGCAAGACCGACAGUGGCUGCGCCAAGAUCGGAAAUCAAAGCUCAUCGUCAUCUUCCACGCUCGUCGUGAGCGGGCAAGCGGGCGGCUUAGCCUUUCCUAGCGGGGAAAAUAAGCCACAGUCCCGACGAGAUCGGGCACAAGACAUCAUUGAGAGACUCAAGAAAUACUACCACGAAAAAAAACUGGCGAGCCGAAUUCUUCUUCCCGGUGGGGCCACAACAAAAGAAGAGCUGCUCGCCUUUUGGAAGAGCGUUUUCAAGGAAGCGACUUCUGCAGCACGUGAGAUCGACUCCUUGUACGAGCAGGAUGCUGAUGAACAUCACGUAUCGGAUGUUCGCCGCGCGGACUUGCAGCAGUCUGCCGGCCACGAGGUAGAUAACCUUGGCGAAAAACCUGGCAGCUCGAACGAUAUUGCGUCAGCACCUACAUCCUCUCCUCCUUUGUCACCUUGGACUCUGGAAGAAAUGGACGCAGCUUUCGAGGAAAUGAGGAAAGACACGGGGCCUCCACCGGUAUACCUAAUAGAUGUAGAUCACGUAUCGGAUGUUCGCCGCGCGGACUUGAGACGACAAGAGCAGUUCCAGUACACAGUGCCGGUUACCGCCGAUGAAACACGCAGCACAGCUUGCACGACCGCGUCAGAACACGAAGAAGCAGAAAAAAUCAACUCUAGAAUAAAUGAAGGGAUACCCACUGAACGUGCAGGAUCAUUUCGUCGACAAAUAGCAGUUUUCCUGACGACGGAAGUGAUACAAGGCCCGUGGACAAUUGAAAUGUGCACUGCAGACGGCCGGGAGCUUGGAACACUAUUUGACCAUGGUGACGGUCAGCCUGUGGCACAGUCUGCCCCGCUUGCACCCAAAUCAACAAAAAGAUUGACUUGCCGGUCUUUCGUUUUUGCCUCUAGACCAAUCGACUUCGAAGUAAGAUUGGACUACGAGGACCGCCACACGGAAACGGUUGAAGAGACGAUCACCCAAGUUGCUCAGCGUGAUGCCGCACGUUUGGCACAGCGACUCGCGGAGGAACUCCAAAAAGCCCUCCGCUUGACGACCGGCGCCGUCCAACCUGUGACGCAGUCGCGGUCCUGCGGCCGUUGCCCGUACGUAUUUGGACGUUUCAUCGCUGCAUCGAGACGGUUUGAGCUCUCGGUCUCGGCACUAUUUGCGCUCCAUCUUGUUGGAACAGCUGAGAGGCCAUUGAUCAAAUGCGAAAUAGAAAUGGAGGAAACAAACAAAGUGAGCGGCGACUCAACGAUCUACAAAGCGUACAGCGAGAGCUUCCCCGUCGUGUUCGUGGGCGCCCGCGAAGGCGACCGAUCAGCGCUUGACGUCCAGCUCAAGUGGCGCCGCGGUGGUCUGCAGCCGGAGCCUUCACACCCUGUUCAUUCUACUCGUCAUUUUCAUUACGAGUUGGAGUCGUAUCUACUGAUGCGAGGCAAUUUAGGGACCGACUGUGUGUUUACACAAGAUGACAUCACGCGCACCGGGAACCAAAUCGAAUUGAGGAUUCCAAAUGUUGACGCAUAUUCUCAAACCCAGAUUGAGACGUUGACCCAGGUUCUCUCUUUCGGUCCCGCGGUGCACUCCACAGUUGGUGACCAGCUAAAGCAGCUUCUCGCGGCUUCGCCCGUCAAAGGGCGCUUCUUGUCCGUGCGCUUUACAUUCCCAAUUGUGGCCUGGGCAGAGGAGUUCCUCGACCUUGUACGCGUCAAAAACGCGGGGACCGUUCGGCGCGAGGGAAUUGGCAUGGACGCUUCGUCUAGUAGUACGAUUUCGGGAUGCCUUCGAACCGUCGUGGAAAAGCAAAUCAAAGACUGCAUCGAAAACAGCCUGCCACCGCAUCCAUGGGUAUAUGCUCUCGCAACUUCGCCGGGAUACCAGCUCUUUGAAACGCACACUGCAGUGGGCACGUCACCACAAAUACUUUGGCGUGGAGCUGGAGGUCGUGCCAAUCCGGAUUCCAAAUGGAUCUCCUUACUCGCUACCAUCCUCGUAGCGCGCGCUAAUACGACUUCUGUUCGCGAUCACGAUAGCAACAACUCGACACCGAGCAACAAUAACCGAGAAAACUCCUUCUCAUCCCCCCAUACCUCCGAGCAUUUUCCUAGCAGCUCUCCAACGAAAUCCGACCGUUCCGGUAGAGAUGGAACAGAAGAGGAGGACAAGACGAUUCGGCUUACACUGUAUGCCAGCAGUCGGGAGGAAGAGGAAGAAGAGUAAAGACGAUCUCUUUUGCGCUCUUGCAACGAUUUCCUGAAACUGUAACACACUCAGAAUCAUGAAGUACAACAUGAUAAAUAUAGAUGGGUGAACAUUUAAUGAACUUUUUCUGAACGAACAUUGAAACCACGACGAUUACCAGCUAUCCUCCAAAUAUUGAGUAAGUAAACUGCAUAUACAUUGCAAAGAGUUUAUAGAAAUAUGUUUGACGCGCAAACAUGCAUACACAAAAGUUCAACUUGAAAGAGAAAUGCGAAGGAAUGUAGGCAAAGAUAACGCUGAGAUUGAUGAAGCAAGUACUGAGUUUGCGUCAAUCAUGUAAUUCGUGUACUCUAACUGUUGGGGGUGUCAUACGACUAAGCUCUGCUCGCGUGAGUGUGUCAGUAUGUAGGAAAUCAAUGACUCACAAAAUGCAACGAAAUAUACCGCAUGAGACUCCGAGAAGUUGUUAGUUCGAUAUACUGAUACUGCAGCAGGUCUACUCUGUCAGUUCUCCGGUUGUAUUCGUAUUUCUAUCAGUCUCGGUCAGCGG